CGUUGAUAAUUUUGGAGGCGAUAGCGGCAGAGCCGCGCGAGCGGGCGAACUGGAAUGGCGUCAUGAGACGUGUUGGACAACAUUAAUUUUAUAUCUACUCUAUUACUUUAAGUUUCACGCCAUGGCUUUUGUGAUGAGAAAGUUGUUUGUUAAUUUAAAAAACGUGAACAAAUGUAGAAAAUUGUGUCUGUUUGUGCAAAGUAAAAGGCUUCAAGCGGUGCGCUAUUGCGGUGCCAUACAUCUUCAUUCAAUAGAAGAUAACAAAAUAAAUCAUAGAUAUUUUCACACGACAAAGGUUUUAAAUAAAACCGUUGCAUUCAAAUUAUCAGACAUUGGGGAAGGCAUACGAGAAGUGGUUAUCAAAGAAUGGUUCAUCAAAGUUGGUGACAAAGUCCAACAAUUUGACAACAUUUGCGAAGUGCAGAGCGACAAAGCAGCGGUGACGAUCACCAGUAGGUACGAUGGUGUCAUCACCAAAAUAUACCACGAAGUUGAUCAGACGGCACUCGUCGGACAACCACUUGUUGAUAUUGAUCUCGAUUCUACACCUGAUGAAGAGUCAUCCUCAGAUUCAGACACGGAAAAUGAGGUCGAAGUCUCCAAAACACAAAGUCAAACAACUCAGAAAGUCAAAGUACUCACUACACCGGCUGUGAGAAGAAUUGCAGCUCAAUUUAAAGUAGAUUUAGGUACCAUCAAUCCAAGUGGAAGAAACGGAAGAAUACUCAAAGAAGAUGUUUUAGCACAUUUGAAUAUAUCAGCUGAUAAAUCUAAUGAAAUUCCCAGCGCCCUUUCCGUGGAAGCGAAACCAAUGCCUAUAUCUAUUGGCAGUGUUAAAAUUGAAGAAAUCUUAGAAGAUAAAAUAGUACCAAUUACUGGAUUUACAAAAGCCAUGGUUAAAUCCAUGACAGAAGCAAUGAAAAUACCUCAUUUUGGACUCAGUGAUGAAUACGAUGUUACAAAAUUGGUAGAAUCGAGAGAGAGUUUGAAAGUUAUAGCUCAGGAGAGAGGAGUGAAGCUCACUUAUAUGCCCAUUAUUAUUAAAGCCUCAUCAUUAGCUCUAACUGCUUACCCAGUUUUAAACAGCAGCUUAGACGCGGCCUGUGAAAAUCUCACUUACAAAGCUAAUCAUAACAUUGGUAUAGCAAUGGAUACGCCUAAUGGAUUAGUAGUACCAGUUAUAAAAAAUGUACAACAUAAAACCAUUCUUGAUAUUGCAAGAGAACUAAAUAUUUUACAAGAAAAAGGCACAAAAGGUCAACUUGGAUUAAAUGAUUUAUCAGGAGGAACUUUCACGUUAUCAAAUAUUGGCAUUGUCGGAGGCACUUAUGCAAAGCCAGUGAUCGUCCCACCGCAGGUUUCCAUUGGCGCCCUCGGAAAAAUACAGGUAUUACCCCGAUUUAAUUCCGAGGGCGAAGUGACUAAAUCUCAUAUACUGACUGUGAGUUGGUCGGCGGACCAUCGUGUGGUGGACGGAGUUACGAUGGCGAGAUUUUCAAACGCCUUGAAACAAUACCUCGAAGAUCCAUACAAACUUUUACUAGACAUAUAAUUUAUCGCCAUACAUAUGUGUUCAUAUAAUUAUUUUGUAUCUUUUACACGUUUCUAUUACGUUACACUUUAAAUGUUAAUGUUACGAACUCAAUAUGGUAUUGUUAUUAAAAUAAUGGUUCAACUUA